AUGUUUAAGUCGAAUGAUAUUGUUCGGAAGCAGACGGCACUCAAAGGUGAGAGGAGAGUAUUUGUUCUCAUAGGUGUGGUUGUUGUUUCCACGCUUCAUAUUGUUGGGAUUUACUGGUGGUAUCGGAAUGAUGAUGUGCUAUACCCUUUGUUGAUGCUGCCACCAAGAACCAUACCGCUUUUCUGGAAUGCAAUGUUCAUCAUUGUCGUCAAUGAUACACUGGCCCGUCAGGCCGCAAUGGUUUUCAAGUGUGUCCUAUUGAUAUAUUACCGAAACAGCAGAGGGAGAAACUAUCGUAGGCAAGGUCAAAUGCUAACAUUAGUCGAGUACCUAUUUUUGCUUUACCGUGCACUGCUACCUGCUCCAGUUUGGUAUCGUUUCUUUUUGAACAAAGAAUAUGGGAGCCUUUUCUCGUCACUGAUGACUGGACUUUACCUGACUUUCAAACUUACAUCUGUUGUUGAGAAGGUCCAAUCGUUUAUCACUGCUUUGAAAGCACUUUCAAGGAAAGACAUCCAUUAUGGAACCUAUGCAACAACUGAACAGGUGACUGCGGUAGGAGAUUUGUGUGCCAUUUGCCAGGAAAAAAUGCAUGCUCCAGUUCUUCUACGCUGCAAGCACAUAUUCUGUGAGGACUGUGUGUCUGAAUGGUUGGUUUUGUCCUGUUUCUUGUUUUGA